CGCCGCGUUGACCCAAACACGUGAACCAAGUUCCUCGUGUGUGUGUCCGUGUGUGUCUUUAUAUAUCUCUCGCAACACACAUUAUAACACAAACAACAGCGCGGAUAAACCCACACCGGUCAAAAGUCUCCAAAUCUCAGCCCGAGCUCGGAGCUGCCCCAUGGCGCUGCCCGAUCCGCGCGGCCGUGCGGCCUCCCCGGGUGCCUCGGGGUCGUCCGUCUCCCCGGGGACUCCUCCAGGGGCCUCCCCGGCCUCUCCGAGUCGUCGGACGAGCGCGCAGAUUGUGAGCGAGGCCCGUGCCCUGGUGCGUGCCCUGGAGACGAGGAGGCCGCGCACGCCGCGGGAGGCCGAGCGCCGCCUGUUCGGUGCCCGCGGCGGCGGCGUCGACGGCGCGGGGAGUCGCGACUCGCGUCCGAGCUCAGCCGUGAGCCUGCAUUCACACCACUUUGAGGUGACGGAGCAGAGGCCCACAUCGCGCACUCGUCUCGCUCCACUGCAGCAUCAGAAGCCCCGAGUGUCCUCAGAUUCCCUGGACAGGGACCCUGACCAGGACCCCCUCCCCAAGUCGCUGGGUGACCCCCGCGAGGUGGCACGGGUCAGCCGCUCCCGUGCCAGGCUCUUCCGCGCCGCCAGCGCAGGGCACGUGCUGCCGGACAAGCCAGCCCCGCCACACGACGGUGGACUGAAGAGGAUGCGCAGCGAUCUGGGUUCACGAGACAGAGCCCCCCUUGCGCCUGUGGCUGUGGUCGAGGCUUGGGGGGAGAGGCCCCCCGCUAGAGGGGGCCGCCCUCCGAGGUCUCCUGAGCCCCCCAGCUCUCCCAACACCCCCAGCGCGCCCGACUCCCCCAGCUCUCCCGACUUCCCUACGGAGGCUGCCUUUUGGAGUUCGCACGUCGCUCCACUGCUGACCCAGCUCGAGGCCUACUCCGCGGAGGGCGACCGGCCACAGGUCGAAGAAGGGCAGGAAGAGAGGGCGGAGGUCGUGGGGCGGCUAUGUGGCGUGUGCGAGGAUCUGGGGGCCGUGCUUGCCCGGGGGGGCAUGUUGGCCCAGAGGGGCGGCCACGGCAGGGCCGCCCUCCUGCGCGUCCUGUACCGCCUGGUGGACGUCAACUCGGACCGCCUGCUGCUCCACGUCAUCAAGCUCAUUCUCUCGAUUCAGGUCAAAGACAAGAACCUUCUCAACGUGUGCAAACUUGUGUUCAAGAUCAGCCGCACAGAAAACAACGACCUGCUCUUCCUGCAAGUGGGAAUCGUGGAGUUGCUGUUGGGGGUGCUGGGAGACCAAGAUCUGGCGGCGAACGUGGAGGCUCUCACGUACUGCGCGGGAGCUGUGAAGUUCCUCGCCAACAGCGGUGGCGGCGGUGACGGCGGUGAUGGUGGUGGUGCACUGGGCUCAGAGCUGCUGGCGCGCGGGACCCUGGACACACUGCUGGGCCUCCUGGCUCGCGCCAACACUGCACCGGCGGACAAGGCGACGGCGCACCUGCUCGUGCAGGUGACAGCGGCCGUGCGGGGCCUAGCAGACGCCCCGGGAGCCUGUGGCUUCUUCCGUGCGGCUGGGGCGCUCCCCACACUGUGCACGACGCUGGAACGCUACGAGUGCGACGCCUGCGUUUGCACCAACGUCCUACGUACAUUUAGCAAAGUGACGGAUCACAGCGAGGGCUGCCGUGAGCUGGCUGCAGUCGACUCGUCUCCCAACAUCCUCAUCGCUUUGCUGCACAAGUUUCCACGCAAACAGGACCUGGUAGUGCGCGUGUGCUACACGCUGGGCAACCUGGCGGCGCGCAGCGAGGCCGUUCGCGAGCGUCUGUGGCGCCACGGCUCCUGCCUGGACGUGCUGCUGCAUGUCUACGCGCUCCAGCUGCAGCGCCAGCCCGACACGGACCUGGCUGAAGACGUACUUGUGAAGCUUCUGCGUGUGCUGGCAAACCUGUCGCUGCACCCUGGCCUGGGUGCAGCCCUCGCCAGCCACCCCCGCUGCAUCCAGCUGCUCAUCUCCACUCUUGAGAGCCCGGGCGUGCGGGAGCGCGAGGAGAUCGUCUUGAACGCUGUGGCGACCGUCAACAACCUCUCCUACCACAUAGGCCCCGGUGCCACGCUGCAGGGCCAGCAGCUGCGCAUCGCAGAGUUGCUGCUCAUGCCCCUGCUGGGCCCUGGGGAGGAGGGGGUCCUGGAGGCAUUGAGGGCCCUUGGGAACCUGUCCCAGAGUGCGGCCGUGCGGGAAUUCCUCCACCAGCACCACGUGCCGGCGCUGCUGUUGGAGCUGUUGUCCGAGGGCUCCCAGGACGUGUGCUACUCGGCUGGGGGGGUACUGCUCAAUAUGAGCAGCACCGACGACGGGGGGGCAGGGCGGCUGUUGCAGCUGGGAGCCAUGGAGAGGCUGCUCAGCUGCCUGCAGCGCUAUUGCCGUGCGGACUGGCAGCUGGGCGGAUUGCUGUGCAAAGUGCUGUGGAACUUUAGCCAAGGGCCUGCUGCCACCGGCGCCAGCGGCAAAGGCGGGGGCCUGGAUCCCAGCGACACCACGCGCCUUCUCGCCACGCUGCACCUCCUCCUGGACGAGCGGACGGCGCUGGUGAGCGCGCCACUGGACGGUGGGGAAACCGGGGAGACGGUGCAAGGAUACCACCGGCAGCUGUGGGAAGCAGAGUUUGUGCCGGUGGCGCGGAGGCUGCAGAAGAGAGUGCAGAGCCAGGCGGCGCCGCUGCUGCUUGAGCCGCUGUGACAUCGUCGUCAAAGUGUAAAUCUUCACGCUCGCACACGCGCACACAGCCAGGGGUGGAGAACAGACAGCUCCCGACCCGAUCCCAAACCACUUCUUUUCAUACGGCCACAUGUUGUCUUCCACUUCAAAAUAGCCCGCUAACAAUACUCAUCCGUCACCAGCAGUAGGUUGCCACAACGGCAGUGUGUGCAAAGUCAGUGAUUUCUGCUCAAAUGAACGUGGAGGUGGUGGGCAUCUCCUGUUAAUGGCCGAGCCAGUCGUGGCAAGUCCAACAAAGUGGUUCAAAAUUUUUGACCCCAGAGAGAUGAUAGGCUGAGUCAACCCCCCAACCAGCCAGUCACUAUACUGCCGGGAUACAGUAGAGACUUAUAAUCAAGAGUACCAACACACACACCCUCUGACAUCACCACCUCCAGUUCAAAAGUAAACGAAGGUGUGCAAACUACGAUUUGAGUUGUGCAAGAUGUGUUUAAAUGACUCGUCGACAAUCUCCGAGCCCGUGCUUCCAUGACAGUUCCAACAGCUGCUUAUUGCCAAUGUCAUUAAAAUAUACGACCGGAGAUGCGGUGCUCGCCGCAGCACGAUUUCUUGUGAAGCAGCACAUGCAAAGACACUGUGACCCUACGCUGCAAAACACAUCCCCCCCUCCUCCCAUCAUUCGCCAAGUAAACAACGAGGCAGUCGCUCCUGAUUGCAGUAUAAGUAUUUAUUACAUAUCAUACAAAUUUAAACCAGAUUUAAAGUAAUGAAUUGAGCACACAAUUAAGGCGUAACACAAUAAUAACAAAUCUCCGCUUUAAGCUUAGUGCACACCACAGUAGCGACAGCUGGACCAUACAGUCCCCGUCGCACGACAUCAACUUCACAGACAAGCGCCAGCAACUAAACGUCAAGAAAUUACACUCGCAUGCUGCUUACACGCGCAAUAGCGGCAGACAACAGUAAAACAUGGAGGGAAACGCUAAGGCUUUGCACGUUAGCUCCGCAUUCUCAAGUAGGGCUGUUAAUUUGGGUUUCUUAGCGUUAUGGAUAAUCUCAUUAAAAAAUAUUACAAUUUAAAAUUAUCGGUUUGUCAAAUGUUACCAGUCCGCACUGGCCAGCAUGGUGAAGUAUGGUCAAAUGAGCCCCAUGACUGACACGGAGUGGCGAGUGUGGACUGUGACAGGGCUGUAAGAUUGUUUUCUACAUACCGUGUAUAGAAUGGGUUGCCGUACGGCUUGAACGUUGUUGCUUGUCAAUUGGUUCGAUUUGUAACCAAAGUUUAUUAUAGAGUCCACGAUUUUCAGAAACAAAAAUGUAUUUCGUAAAAGAUUCUGAAAUAAAAUCAAUGACGGAAUAACAACCCCAUUCUAAAGUAACCGCACGUAAAUAGCAGAAACAGCCGCUG